AUGGGCUGGCGCUGCUGGGUGUCCUGGGAAGGGCAGGAGCUGCUCCAGGCUCGGUUGCUCCAGGCUCGGCUGCUCCGGGCUCAGCUGAAAGCUCAGGUGCUGUAUGCUCAGUCGUGUACACUCAGCCGCUGUAGGCUCAGCCGCUGUAGGCUCGGUUGCUGUAGGCUCAGCUGCUCCAGGCUCAGCCACUGUAAACUCAGCUGCUGUAGGCUCAGCUGUAAGCUCAGCUGCUGUAGGCUCAGCCCCUGUAGGCUCAGCUGCUGUAGGCUAGGUUGCUGUAGGCUCAGCUGCUUCAGGCUCAGCCGCUGUAGGCUCAGCUGGCUCGGUUGCUGUAGGCUCAGCUGCUGUAGGCCCAGCCCCUGUAAACUCAGUCACUGUAGGCUCAGCUGUAAGCUCAGUCACUGUAGGCUCAGCCACUGUAGGCUCAGUUGUAAAUUCAACUGCUGUAGGCUCAGUUGCUGUAGGCUCAACUGCUGUAAGCUCAGCCGCUGUAGGCCCAGCCCCUGUAAACUCAGCCGCUUGCCACCCCUCCGGAGCCCCACACGAGUCACCGUGGAGCAGCACAUCACUGUGACCUCCGAGCACUAA